AGUGUUCAUUCGGUUAGAGCGUUAUUUGCUGGUUAUUUACGUAGUUUAAGCGUAUGUUCUUCCGUGCGAUUUACAUUUACAACACAAAAAAUGCCUACCAAAUGUUCUGUAAACGGCUGUGAGAAUUAUUAUUCUAAAGGGGUGCCGUUUUUUGAUGUACCGUCGCCUAUAAAAUAUAAGUUCUGUUCUAAAAAGGCAGAAUUGUCCAAGAAAAGGAGAAAGCUUUGGUUAGACGCUAUGGGAUUAACGAACGAUUCAUCAGAUGUGUUAAGGAUAUGUAGUAAACAUUUUAUAACAGGAAAACCGGCAGCUUUGGAGAAGACUAGAGAUGACGACUGGAUUCCUACGCUGCAAAUGAAGUCUCGCUCUUCAAUUCAUAGAAAAACUAGAAGCGAUAAUGGAAAACAAAGAGAAUCGUCAAACUCAUAUCCAUCAAAGAAAAAUACUCUUACAUCCAAGCACAACAUAUCUACUGCAAAAAGCAGCAGAAAGUAUGGUCAAACAGAGCUCAGAAUCGUAAAAAAGGAUAUCGGAAAAAAUUCUAAAAGAAUCGAUUUGAAAAAAUUCCUUAAUUGUAAGGUCAUUUUGGAUGGAAAUAUACAAUGUACCACAUUUAAGGGCACCAACGGAUCAGGUUUGACAGUCGCACAAAAACAUGGUUACUUCACAUCGGACAACAUUACGGUGAAAGAAACAGCACUUAACAAUAAGGUUCUUAGGAUACGUUUAAUAAGGGAGGACCUUCUUGAUUUAAAAAGAAAAUACACGACAUUUAAUUCCCCGAGUAGAAGAAAACGGAAGGAGCAGGUAGUGUCAAGUUUUGGAAGGCAGAUAAAAAGGAAAAGUCAUUUCUUUGAAGAGUCUCCUAUUCACUCCCCGUUGAGAAAAGGUGUUGAUAAGAAUUUAAUAGAAAAUAUGAAAUAUUCACUUUCAAGUGCGAAAACUGAACAACAAAUGAAAAAUCAAAACGAGAAAGAAAAAUCAUUUAUUAUCAACAGUAAAUUUCAAUCAAGAAAUGUAAUGAUGAAAAACAGUUCAGAGGAUGCUUCAAAGACCUUGAACAGGGUGAUAAAGAAACAAUACAGAGAUAAAAUAAAAAUAAAGCUUUUCCCAAAAGCAGCUGUUAGUAUUGGAAGGGCAAUUAAAAAUGGAGCAGUAAUUCCUAAAUCAGAUAAAUCUGUGCCAUUCCAUAGAGAAAUAUUGUUUGUCAAAAAUUAUAAAAAUGCCCAGCAGUGGAAUAAGACAGAUAAGACAUUUUUUUUAAAAUUUGCUCCCUAUCGUUACCCUGAAGACGGCACUCUAGAUUACUCUUUUCAGAAACUGGUAACGGAUGUUAAACACAUGAAACUACCCGCACCAAGUUGGAAAAUAAAAGUUAUUAUUAAACAGGGAAAAAUAUCAGCGGUUACGUUUACAAAUAAAUUGACGCCGGAACGAUGUGUCGGUUUCUCUGCAAAUAGCGAUAAGUACAAAAUUACUAUUGAUAACAAACCUGCUUUAUUAUUAGGUUCACCAGAGCAUGUUGCAACAUCGGAAGAUUUAGAAAUUCUUUUAGACAUCAUACAGAAUAUAGAUUCCAAAAAUCCUAUGGUAUUUUAUAAAUAGUUCUUUUUCUCAUAAGUUUUAUAUUUUACUUUAACCAUACGAAGAGAUGUUUAUACUUGAAAUGGACCGUUUAAUAUAAGUUGAACAUGUUUUAAAUAAGAAUUGUAUAUAAUGCAUAUAGUUUCGUUAUAAGAAGGAUAGUUUCAAGUUAAAAAUUAUAUGUUAUUUUUUAGUAAUUGGAAAA